UAUGCGAACAUCUACAACUUUCCAGAAGCCUUCAUAAAUUGAUAUCUAGUUUGUUCUAAUAUACAAAUGUUAACCACAGGAAGACUCUAUAGGAAUGAGAGACAAAUAAACGAUGCCGAAAGGAAAAAAAUUAAGUUGGUUUUCCAUCAGUGUGAUGUGGAUAAGAAAGGAUAUUUGUCCAGAGAAGAUCUUAAGAUAGCAGUUGUCAUGCUGUUUGGAUACAAGCCAUCAAAGUCGGAGACAAACAUCUUGAUGGAGAACGGCACUAUUAAGGACUGUAUAGGGGUCCCGCUGGAGCCGUUUGCGACUCUCAUGAGGAGUAAGAUGUCAGCAGAAGAUCCAUAUGAGAAGACGAGGCAGAUCUUCAGUGCAUUUGAUGUACACUGUCGUGGCUUCUUGAAGCUGGAUGACUUCAAAAGUGCCUUUAAGCGAGUUGCCCCUCGUCUGCAGGAGAGAACAGUGCUGGAGGCUUUCCGGCAUGCGGAUCAAGAUUCUGACGGUCACAUCAGCUUCAAGGAUUUUGAAAACAUCAUCAGCUAUGGUUUGGAGAACACCUGCAUCUCUACAUGAGCCACAAAAACAUUCGUUUUGGACUAUUUAUUUAGAUGAUAAAUAAAAGUGAAACAACAUGUAUUCGCUACUUUUGUUUAGCAAUUUAAAACAUGACAGUCGGCAAUUCACGCUCUCGCUCCAAUAGAUAUUUCUUAGCAAUUUCGAGGACACAGUUUGGCAUUGCCUGUUGAAAGGCAGAGUAACUUAAGAUGCUUGACACUUGGGUUAGAUGAUGACUUUUGAUGUCGUAUUGAUCCAUUUGGACCAAGACUGCACGGUGUAAUAGAGAAGCACACAUUUCUAUUGUGCGGUUGCCUUACAAACUACAUUAAAUUUAACCCAGCCUCUCAGGGUCUACUUCACUAGAUGCCGAAACCCAGCCUUCUGUACUCUCUCUCUCUUAAAAUGACUUCUGUGGUUUUUCCGUCAGCCAAUUUUAUAGCAUCUUAAAAAAAAUCAUCAUUGUUCAAUUUUCAUCUACAAAAUAGGCAGGUUGCUUCAAAAUUGAAAAUUUACUAGCACAUUCAGAUUCAGUUUAAACUCUCAUCUUCAGCGUGUAUUAAACAGCCCGAACACGCUCGUUCUGGGAGGAUUUUAUGCGACUGGUCUUGUUCCACGCGAUUAUGGUACUGUAAAUACUUGUUUGCGUUUCGAGAGAUUUGCUGC